AUGCAGGAGCUGAAUGUGACAUGUGAGGAAAUUGUAUUCAGAAGGUUGACAACUUUAGAGUUGGAAAGUUUGCCAAGACUCAAUAGUUUUUCAUCUAGUCAUCAGUGCUUCUUCAAAUUCCCGCUGUUGACGAGAGUUGUGAUAAGGCAAUGUCCAAGAAUGAAAACCUUCUGUGAAAGAGGAACAAGCACACCAAUGCUUCGAAGGGUAAUAAAAGAUGGAAAAGAUAAAGAAUGGUGCUUGGAAAGUGACUUGAAUGGAAUAAUAAAAAAGAUCUACGGGAUAAGAUUGCAUUCCAUAACUCUGAAGCAUUUAGUUUUAUCCUUGUAUCCUGAGUUAAGAGACUUGUGGUACAAUCCUGUUGAGAACAAAAUGUUCAGUAAUUUGAAAUCUCUAGUGGUGAAAAAUUGUGACUUCUUAUCACGUGUUCUUAUUCCUUCAAAUUUGCUACGAGCAUUGCGGAUCUUGGAAGAAAUUCAAGUAAGAGAGUGUGAUUCAUUAGAAGCUGUGUUUGAAUUUAAAACUCCAAAUGAAGGAGAAAUGGCAGAGAAAGAAGUCAUUCAUCUACGAAAGAUCUCUAUUUCUAACCUCCCGAAACUUCAAUAUAUAUGGAAGCAAGGUUGCCAAGAAAUUGAGAGUUUUGGAGAUUCAAAAGAGGUUCAAGCAGAGAGAUGUAAGAUGUCAAAAGCACCAACCGAUGGAGGGAAAAGGGAAGAGGAUGAAGUUGGAAUCCCCUGUCAACGACCUCUGUUUUCAGUGGCAAAGGUGGAUUUACCCAAUUUGGAAGCAAUAGCAAUGAAGGAUAUGCAAAACUUGAAGGCAAUAUGGGACCCCAUCCUCAGUCCAAAUUCUAUGGGCAGCUUUAAAAGUUUGGAAGUCAACAAUUGUGAGAAACUGGAGAAUAUAUUUCCAGCAUACAUGCGUAAAGGAUAUACGAGUCUAGAGACAUUGACUGUCCGGAGUUGUAACUCAGUGCAAGAGAUCUUUCAGCUGGGCGAUGUUAGUGAUUUGAUCAGUGAAGAGGAGAAAACUCAACUCAAGGAAAUGACACUGCUUCAAUUACCACAACUGAAACACAUUUGGAGUAGAGAUCCUCAAUCGAGUCUUCAAAUAUCAAGUCUUCAGUCGAUAUGUGUUGGACAAUGUAGAGUUUUAGAAUACCUUAUUCCAUUCUCCAUAGCACUGGGCCUUCCUAAACUCGAAAGAAUUAUUAUUAAACGAGCAGGAAAUAUGAAGAAUAUUGUCUCAAAGAAAGAAGGGCCCUCGGAUAGUCCUGCUAGAUUUGAGUUUAAACAACUGAACUCAUUGAAGCUUUGGAAUUUACAAGAUUUGGAGGGAUUUUGUACAGAAAAUCACACUUUAGUUUGUUCCUCAUUGAAAACCUUGAGUGUCCACAAUUGUAUGAAAUUGAAGUUAUUCAAGACACAAUGUCAAGAAGGAGUUUCUGAUAAUAAUCUCCAAGUUUCAAUGCAACCUCUUUUAGCGCUAGAAGAGAUGUGCAAUAUAGAAGAUGCCCAAGCUACUUUUCUAUACUGGAUUCUCCAAAAUAUCACUACUCUAGAGUGGCUAGUCAUUCGGUCCAAUUCUUCUAAGGUAAUAUUCCAAGACGAGAUACCUGGAGAUGAGAAAGGACAAAAAGAUAUCAAAGCAAAAAUAAAAAAGUUGACACUCAAUGACUUGGAUGAACUCCGACAUAUUUGUAAGGAAGGGUUCCAGUUAAACCCAAUUUUGGAGGCACUUGAAUACUUGCAUGUGAGCUGUUGUUCCAAUUUAAAGCUCCUGGUGCCUUCCUCUGUUACUUUCAAUCGCUUGGCAUAUUUACAGGUGCAAAAUUGCAAUGGGUUGAAUGAUGUAAUUACAGCAUCAACAGCAAGAAGUCUAGUCAAGUUGACAACAUUGAAGAUAAGAGCAUGUAAUUCAGUUGAACAAAUUGUGGCACAAGAGGGAGGAGAGAGCACAAAUAAAGAAAUUGCAUUUGAUAGCCUAGAAGUUUUAGAACUUGAAUCUUUGCCGAGACUUAAAAUGUUUUGCUCCAGUAGCUGCUACUUGAAGCUUCCGUUGUUAGAGAAACUUGUGAUAAGGCAAUGCGCGAGAAUGAAGAGCUUCUCUGCGAGCGACACAAGUGCACCAUUACUUCAAGAGAUAUUGACAGAUGACCAGGAUGAACAAUGGUUUUGUGAAGGUGACCUAGAUGGUACAGUGAAAAAUAUCUUCCAGCAUAUGGUGGCAUUUCGUAGUUUGGAGCGUCUGGAGCUAUUUCAAUAUCCUGAGUUUACAGAAAUGUCGAACCCAACAUCAACAUAUUCCAUUGGAGAGGAACUGGAAGUAACAGAGUGUGAUUCGUUAGAAGCAGUAUUUGAUAUAAAAGAAGUGGAUGACAAAGUUGUGAAAGUUGAUAGAUGCCAACAGCUGACAAAUUUGUUUUCCGUCUCACUAUGCCAAGGCUUGAGGCAACUUGAAGAGCUGAAUAUUGAGUCUUGUGAUGGUGUUGAGGAAAUUGUUGCAAAUGAAGAAGGAUUAGAGGAGCUUACGUUUGAUUUUCCUCGGCUAACACUCUUGAGGCUAAUACGUUUGACGAAGCUCAUUGUUUUCUAUCCAAAAAGAUAUACUCUAGAGUGUCCUUCACUGAAGAUACUAAAUGUCUAUCGAUGUAAAGAAUUGCAAAUAUUUUCAUUUGGCCAUUUGAAUUCCCAGCAACAUGGGGUGGGUGACCUUGAGUUACAAAAUCAACAAGCAUGGUUUCAUAUUGAAAAGCAACGCUUCAAAUACGUUGCAGUUCUUUUGAAACACUUUUUCCACCUAAAGAAACUGGGCAUUGCAGCAUUAAAAUCCCCACCCAAAUAA